ACAUGACUGCCGUAGACGCAGUCAACAUAAAAGAAUUCUCCAGACGGUUGUAGCAAACAUUAGUCAGUAGCGAACUAUUUCGACCUCUUUAAAUUUCGCGCAUAUGAACGCCACGUUAUAGAAAACAAUUAGUACAUUUAAAUUUGCCCAAUCAAUCGUUCCACCCCAGCCACGCAGCUGCCGUUGUCAAUUUUGAAUGUUUUAUAAUAAUGUAGUGCUACAAAUUUAUGCAAAUUAGCGAAGUGUUUCUGUGAUCUUAAUCGUUUAUUUGUUGCGAUUGAAUUAGCUGAUGCUUUUCUUUUGAAUUUGUACUGAUUUGUACAUUACUACCCACCGCCAGUCACUCUUCGAUCGCUUCAGUGCCUUGGUGAUCGUUGGUCGGUUAACUUCUAUAAGAUUUCACUCUCUUCUUUAUUUUAGAGGAAAUACGGCAAAAAAGUCAAAGAAGUUGAAAAUUUAUCUGUCAAUCGGUAUCCUAUUGGUGGGAGUUUGUUUCUGAUUCAUCAAUUUUGUUGGACUGCCUUUUUCAAAUCUAUCGUAAGAACUGGUCAGUUAGAACUGACCUUGCUAAGUGAUCACAUCUUUGGAGAAGAAUCAUGACGGAAGCGAAUUUAUCCACUGACACUGUACCUUCAAUAUCUGAAUGGUUUCGAAAGAGAAAUGUCCUUGUUACCGGUGCCACCGGAUUUAUGGGCAAGGUUCUGCUAAGUAAACUGCUUUCAAGCUGUCCGGAGAUUGGACAAAUAUUCAUAUUGGUCCGUGAGAAAAAAGGCGUCGAUCCUGGAUCCAGAUUAACAUCAAUAAUACAGGAAGAACCAUUUCGUUUACUUCGUGAAAGUAAUCCGGAAAGAUUGAAGAAAUUAUUUGUUAUUUCCGGCGACACAACAACCGAAGGACUGGGUCUCUCAACUGCGAACAAGGAAAUUCUUAUUAAUGAUGUAUCGGUAAUCUUCCAUAUGGCAGCGAACGUUAGAUUCGAUUUGCCGUUAAGAACAGCCAUUAAUAUGAAUACCAGAGGGACGGCUAAUGUUUUAUCAUUGGCGAAGCAGAUUUCUCAGCUCCAAGCAUUUAUUCACGUGUCAACGGCCUACUGUCAGUGCGGUCAAGCAAUUCUAGAAGAAAAGGCAUAUUCAACACCAAUACCACCAGAGACUGUAUUAUCAACAGUGGAACAUUUGGAUGAUGAUAUGUUGGAAUUAAUGACACCAAAACUACUGGGUGACCAGCCAAAUACUUAUGCAUUCAGCAAAGCACUCAGUGAAGAUCUCGUUGCAAGAUCUGGUCUGCCAAUUGGGGUUGCAAGACCAUCAAUAGUUGUUGCCUCCUGGAAAGAACCUGCACCAGGUUGGGUGGAGAACAUGAACGGACCAACUGGGCUGAUGAUAGGUGCUGGUAAAGGUGUGAUUCGAUCGAUGCUCUGUAACAAGGAUUACCUGUCUGACUUUAUACCAUGCGAUCUCGCUGUGAAUGCUAUAAUCGCAUUAGCGUGGAGCGUCGGACUCGAACAACCUUCCGAGCCCUUCUUCAUGAACGUUACUGAGAGUGGCGAGAAUCCUAUAUCGUGGGGAUGCGCAUUGGAGACAGGAAGAAAACACGCUCUCACAUAUCCUUUCUCAGGUCCUUUGUGGUAUCCUGGUGGACGUUUGACAUCAUCUAAAAUAAUUCAUUGGUUCGUGAUUAUCUUCUUACAUACAAUACCCGCGUAUCUCUUGGAUGCUUUGUUCAUUAUUACUGGGAACAAACCUUUUUUGGUUAAAAUACAAAGCAGAAUUUCUUCGGGUUUGGAACUGCUUCAGUAUUAUACUACGAAAGAAUGGAUAUUUCGAAAUGACCGGUUGAAGGAUAUGCAACAACGUUUAAGAUCUUCUGACAGGGAGAUAUUUUUUAUGAACACUAAGGAUAUUUGCUGGGAUGACUACAUCCUGAAUUACAUCCUCGGUACAAGAAAGUAUUGUCUUAAAGAUGAUCCCUCGACCUUACCUCAGGCUAGGCGUGUAUUUGCUUACUUAUACGUUGCCGAUUUGUUUGUCAGGAUUGCCUUUGGAAUACUUAUCGCUUGGCUCGUUUAUUCCUGGAUAAUACCGUUUAAAGCCACGUCCAGUACUUUCGUUGAAGUUAAUGAAAUCUGACUCUUUCACUAAAGUAAAAAACUUGUAUGUAACGAAGCUAUGCAAAGUUGUGAGAAGUCACACCUAAGUGGGCCAAGAAAUUAGACUUUAGAAAAGUAUUAAAUUCUACUCAAUAAAAUAAUGCCAUAUGUAUAUUAUAUAUACAUGUAUAAUUUUUGGCACUGUUGUUUCUAUAUCAUAGAUAUAUGUAAACUGUUACAUAAGAAUACUUACAGUUACAUGAAAAUGAUAUUACUCGUCGAUUUCAUAAAAUAUUCCAAUUGACGUAUUUCAGUGUCAAUUUUAUUAAAAAUUAUGAACUAUACUGUAUUUUAAUUCUUAUUACUUUUUUAUCACUAUAAUGUAUUCAACAAGUGAUGUGAAAAAUAUAACAGUUGCACUACGUAUGUGUGUGAUGUUUAGUGUUCUGCAAUAUAGUCAAGGACGUCUUAGCGAUACUCUAUAAGCUUGAUUAAUUUAUGCGUAUCUCAUGAUAAACAUAAAAUAUUUUGGCGCGCUAAAAAUUCCGUAACAAAUGUUCAAUUUCAUAAUUCGGCUGUUUUAGAUUUCUUUUUAAAUUCGACAAGGUAAAAGCUAUACUUUUAUACUAUAUAUUUUCAAGUUUGAAAAAUUUUACCGUACACUUCAGUAAAAACUGACGUAUCAUGCUUACCUUUCAGGAUGUUUUCGUGAAUCGUUCUUAAAUAUAUAGGUAGUAUGUUAUGAAAUCUCAUGAUGUCCCGCAGUUACCAUGAGGUUUACGGUAAUUUUUAAUGAAAAAUUUUCUCCGUGUAGGUGAAAGGUUAAGGGUCAGAAACUUAAUUUUUAUUAUAAGAAAGUUAGAUAAAAAUGCUGUCCUAAUAUGUAAUUUGAGCACUAAAGAAUAGUUAACAUUCUUCACCUACCAUCUAACGUACUUUAUAAAUUAAUCGUUGAUAUCGCCGUAUCAGUAUUUACUUAAAAGUAAUAGGUCAUCAACGUAGAUCGCACAAAGAGGAAUCGUAGGUAGGCACUACGUCACAAGUUAAAAAAAAACAUUAGAUUCCUGGGAUCCUGAAAUGUCGAAAUCACUUUUCAGUGGACUCGACUAGCUUAGCUGCUGCUGCGCACGAAAGUAGACUUGCGUCACAGAAUAGAGGUCGAACUGCUUUGCGCUAACGUUGUUACGUUUGUGAAACGUCCAUUUCUAACUGCAUAAAUAUAGUUACUGAAUGAAUGGUAUUAUGAAAUUUUUAAUAGGUUAAUAUUAGGUGGAUGUCAACGGUUGUACGAAAUAUUCACAAACCAUAUAACCAGUAUGUUUAUUAAUUAACUGAUAGUAUACAGGAGACUUGAAACAGAAGAUUUGAAUUUUGUAAUUUAUCAACAUCAUAUUAUUAUGCCACUUGUAUAUGAAAAAAUACAAAAUUCGGUGAAAUGCUACAAGAAGUGUCAUCAGCCAAUCCUCAUACAGUUCCCUCGUUUAUACGUAUAUGACAUGUAAUUAUUGUUACAUGACUAAGUGUAUAUAAUUUAUUAAUAAAACAUGUAAACUAAGAUCUAA